AUGGAGCACAACUGUCUUCACCUGCAACUGUACAGAGACCCCAAGGAUCGCUACAAGAAGGGUCAAACCAAGGCGUCCCUGUCCCUGCAGCACUUCCUCGGCUUCGAGUCGGGCUUCACGCUGGACAAGGAGUCUAACACCAUCGCUAUCAUCUGCCAGGACGUCAUCGUGGUGCUCGCCUUUGAGACCCGCGAAAGGCUCAUAUCAUGGCAAGUGAAAGUAGGCGGCCAGCUCGGUACCUCCAGAGAGUACCUAGUGAUGGUGGGAGGAGGAGCAACGCGAAAGCUGCCAGCAGGGCCCGCCAGGCUGCACGUCCAUGGCAGAAGAUUCGCGCUCACUAGCGGGGUGCCGCCGCGCCUGCUGGGCCUAUGGGAAAUCGGACAGUUACGACGAUACGGAGUUGCAGAGGGCCGGUUUUGCUUCGAAGGUGGCUCGCAUUGCGGCAAGGGAGAGGGUCUGCACCUACUUAUCACUGACCAAGCGCAGGAUAUCACGGACGCCUUCGACCAAGCGGCGCACGGCAACCUGUCGCUACAACGCCCUGCUGCGUCUAGGACCGGUGCCGAACGUAGCUGUAGGUCUCGAUCGAACACUCGUUUGUCUGAUCAAAAUGCUGGCGAUCAGUCAAUGCCGGAUUCCGCCAGUGGAAUUUACGAGGAAAAUUUUUUUGGUGAAGAUUGCGGGGAGCCUCCACAGACCUGGCCCUCCGAUGAGAGACGCGGUAACGAACAGGAUUUGAAAACAGAAAUACAAAUUAACGCCGAACCGCCGUGGACAGGCGCGGACCACGUUACCUUGGAGCGCUGCAACACCUGCAUAUCAAAGCUCGGCGUGAUGACGCGGUCAUCGACAGUGGCGUUGUCGCCGAAUACAAACUUCAAUCCCGCUUGGACGAUGGAGGCUGUCCCCGAGAGCAAUUCUGACAACUCCUCUCACAGUACUGAAUAUCUGACACCAAAAACUAUAAGAAAAAAUACAGAAACAUGCCAUUGCCAAGAUCGACCACCACAGCGACCACCGAAACCACCACAAUACGGUUUAAAGAGACCGCCCGCCCCUUUACCUGCACAAAGUUGUGGAUGCAAUGCCAAUGAUACUAUUCCCACAAAUAACAAAGUAGGUCCCUAUGAAAAUUAUGAUGUUCCUAAAACUACUCAUGCCGAGGUCGACAAUGCUGAAUAUUACGAUACCCCAAAACGAUUAAAACAAGCCUUAACCGAAGAUUUAUUCCAAGUUACAAAUAAAUCUUCACCCGGAAACCUUGUUUUAAAGAAAAGGUGUGGUUGCAUUUUGAAGUUUGGUUCAAAGAAGAAACCACUAAUUGUUGAAUGUGAAGAAAACUUGCAACCAGUAGAAUGUCCUUGUCUAAAAGUUACCAAUUGGGCAAAUAAUUUGAUCAGUCUUCCUUAUUGUAACAAAACGUCUAACACAGACAGAACGAGCACUGAAGUAGCAGGAAACAUUAAGGAAGACACUGCUAUAUACGCUACUGUAGAUGUGUCACGUAAAACUAACCGACAAAGCGCAGCCACCGAUAAAGAAUGUCUACACGACUGUUGCAAUGAAACAGGCAUUGUGAAUUAUCAGAACAUAGAACCCAAAUGCGACAAACAGUUUGAAGGUCCAUAUGCAAAUUACGAGAACUUUGAAUUUGCCCUGUCUUUAGAAUUCUAUGAAAACGCAAAAGACUUGUUAAAGAAAGCAGGAGUUACACAGAGCGAAUUAGAUGCAUUAAGUGCAAAUAUCGAUCUUGCGGUAACAACACAACCAAAGAAAUCGCGUGGGUGUACUAAAUGUGUACAUAAUCCACAUAUUUUGUCUAAUGAUCAAUCGAAAAGGACUAAAAGUGAUGAAUAUUUAUUAAUGGGACCUCCAAGAGAAGUAAAAUGUGAGAUAGUAAGAAGUACCAAUUCUGGAUACGCCCCAAUGUCUCCUAAUCCUAAUUGGUCGCAGAGCUUGAAGCAUCCGAUACAAAGAUUGCACAGAGCAGACAUAGAGAAAUCUGUUAGUAUUCCUACUCUGAGCGUAGCUACGGGACCACGAGGUCAAAUAAUUAAUAAUAAUAAAGAAGCUAUGCAGAAGCGAUCUAGCUCCGUUGAUUCGGCAAGAUUACUAGAAGAUUUAAAAGAAUUUGACAGCAGUAUCGGAAGUCACGCGACAUCUUCCUCGCUGGAAACAUUAAGGAACAUGGCUAUAGAUAAUAGAAUAUCAUCGCCGUGUGAUAAUGAAAGGGAAUGUUACGACUGCUGUAAAUCUUCUAGCUCGGAGAACAAAACCUCUGAGGAGAGCUCCUCAAAAGAAGUUCCGCAUCUUCGUAACAAACAUAUGGACAACGCCCAAAUCAAAAGAUCCUCUAGUGUGCCAUGCAAGUCCGGAGGCAACAGGGACUCCUCUAGUUCGAAUGACUCCGGCGUGUCCAGUUGUUCACUAAAGCGCGGCGGCGGUGAAUUCCAAGAAUUUGAAAUGCCCAUGACGUCCAUGCACUCGCGAUAUCAUUACAUGAUUCACAAGAAAAUGCGAGGCAAUCUAACUGGAUGUCUGCAUUCCUCCCUCCCACGGAAAUCAAAGUCAUCCGAUCCUCUGAGAGAUCUUUCGAUACAAGUGCACAAAGCCUCCAUACCUGCCAAAUCUUCAUCAGCCGAGGCUGAAGUACCUGUCAUACCUCCGAAGCAGUUCAAAGGUGUAAUGGACACGCACAGCACAUCGAGCGGCACAUCCGAUAUGUCGGACUACAUCGAGACGCUCUCGCUAACGUCAUCGCAUUCAUCUUCCGACACCCCGAGCGCCCUUAGAGUGAGCCGGCAGCCAACGAGCACGCUGCGGCCGCGUUCCGGCAAGGAGUACCACAACCGUGACCCCUUCCUCUCGGCCGCGUACCGGACUGGCAAGGACAUAGCUAACUACACCAAUCUACAGUAA